UGAUUAUAUAUACGUACAGAGAGCAUAUAUUUGUAGGCAAUACUGUGUCGUUUGUAGUCUAUAGUAUAUAUAUUUUGAUAAAUAUAUACAUAUAUACGCAUCUAAGGCGUCCGUAUCUGAUAUAUCCGUAUAGUCUAACGCAAAGAUGAUGUCUGGAGCGCCGGUAGAGGAUGAGGGAGCGGAGAAGAUCCCUAAGAUGUACUUAGCACAGUGUGUAUUCGAGCUUCAAAAUGCAUCGACAUUAAACUUAACUUCUGAUGAAAUACAGAAGAACAAAGACUCGAUUAUGACCGAUAUAAAGGAGAGUAAAAUGGCACCUUUCUAUGAGAGUGUGGGUGCGCAAUUAGGAUGGGAAGUAGAUACAAAGGUCUUGAAGGAGUAUCAGGAGGACAACGAAGCGAAUGUGAAGAAAUUACAACUUACACUAGAAGACGCCGUAGAGAAUCUCGGCGAGACGGAAAUCAGAGAAGCCAACCUGGCAAUAGCAGAGCACUACAGUAGGAUUGGUGAUUGGCCUGCCUCUGACUGUAAACGGGUCUUGAUCGUGUCCAGAGGGAAUAGAGCCAGAUCUACUGAAGUGCCGGCGAUACCACCGGCUAACAGUGAAGCCAUGAAUGAUGGAGCGCUCAUAGUGCAGAUACUUGACAGUGGCGUCAGCACGCAGUCAGACUCUGACGCUAAACUCAAACCGUUUUCCGUUAAAACUUUUUAA